GCCCCACUAACGAGUCGGCGGCGAGGUGCGCUUUUGAUCUCUCACCGCCGCCCGCUUGUGAACCGAAACUCCGCCCUGCGCACGCCGACGCCAACCGGCCCGUUCCAAUCCGCAGCCGCGACAGGGUGGAUAGCGGGCCCCGGUGGGGGUUGUGUACGCGCACGUUUUUCCUUUUGCCUCCCACCGCUCCCCACAAAGGACAGCGUGACGCACGCGCGCACACGCACACGCACGCACGUUCCUGCCGCCCUUGGCGAGAGCGACGAAACGUCACCGGCACAGAAGCGAACCGCAAGGCGAACCGUUACGUCCGCACUUGCAAUCCGAACGCUCGUACCACCCGUUCAUCACACAAAUACACCCCGGAACACCGACACGUGACGAAGAGCGUGACCACAGCUGCAGCGACACGCGACGAUCGACAUGUACAACAGGGCGGCGACCACACUGGUGAUGUGCGCGGCCGCGCUGGCCGCGGCCACCGCGCACCGGCUCAACACCGACGCCGUGUACGAGCUGGCCGACCUGGCGUUCAACCGGCUGGUGGCGCACAACUGCUACGAGCUGUACGACCCGGAGAAGUGCAAUGAGCUGUCCGACAUGUCGGCCAAGGACGUGCGCCUGUACUUCGGAGGCAUGCUGACCGACAACGACACCGUGGUGGCCGUGCUGCCCGACAACGACGCGCAGCUCACCGGCAAGCCGCACGACGCGUUCUUCGUGCUCGACCCGUUCCCAGCCUACAAGUUCGGCCAUCCAAUGUUCAUGUUCUACGUGGACAUCGGCGUCACCGUGUGGAAGUGCGAGGACACCGAGGGUAUCUACACAGUGUUGAACGAUAACUCGACGGCAUGCACGCAGAUGGUGCGGAGCCGAUGGUGUAACGAGCGACCGAUGACUUCAUCGUGGGAUUGUCAGGUGAAAUUUUUACCGAUGGUGGUGCCGACCAAAAGCGAUCGUCGGCAAUCCGACAAUGUGCUGAGGUGCGUGGACAACAAGGACACGUUCCUGAUGAACUGCCCGCGGCUCCGGGACGACGGAGCUGAGCUGUCUGAUGAGUGCAAUCAUCUCAAGACCAAUAACAGGGGCUGCACCAGGGGCAACUUCAAGUGCUCCGUGCCGAAGCCGGUCAAUCAGGCUGUGAUGCUGUUCGGUGGUUGGAGUAGAAAUAUGGCGGAUUUCGUAACAACUUACGACCUGAUGUCGUUGAGGGACAAACUCGUUUCCUGGGGAUUCGCUGAGAACAAUAUCCGUACGUUUUUCGCCAACGGCAUAAACAUGAACGUGGACGACGAUGGCGUCGAGUACUCAGCCGCGAGCAUCCGCAACGUCGAACCGGCCGACAAGUUAAACAUCCGUAGAUACAUCAAAGGUAUUUGUAGCGCUCAGCGGUGCGCCGACACGUUCUUCUUGUACAUGUCCAGCCCGACCAGGAAAGACGGUAACGCCUUACUUUGGGACGCCAACGGUAAUGGAUUGGUGGAAAGCGACGAGGUGUACACGUCCAAGGAAUUCGUGCACGACAUAUCACACUGUUUGGCGCGCCGGGUGGUCGCGUUCGUCGACCAAAGCUUCAGCGGUCUGUUGACGCAGCACGCCCAGUACAACCGCCGUCGCAUCGAUAACGUCAUGAUCAUACCGACAACUAGAGGAGACGACUGGACGCCCAGGCACAGCUUCAACGCUUAUAUGAGAGAGUCCAGCAAGACCGUAUGCUUGUCCGAGUACAUCAUGCCUUUCCAAGAAUCUCAAAUCAUGCCGCCAGUGUUCACGGGUGCUCAAAUGGAGCAAGAGAUGAAAAACAUCACUAUAUCGGGCAUAAGACCGUGCGUACCGAGAUGAUGGUGAUGAUUAUAUUAUAUAUCGUAAUCAUUACGACGACUGUGUCCAAGAAGUUUCCGGUCAUUCUCAGACCAACAGCGCAGUCGUCUCUUCACUACAACAUUAUAUUAUUAUUAUUAUUAUUAUUAUUAUUAUUAUUAUUAUUAUUAUUAUCAUAAUUUUUAUUUCCUAUCAUCGCUUAUAUAUUUUCUACAUCUAUCGUGAGUACAUAUCGAUUUCGACACACAAAACAUAUCAAUUAUUUCAACUAUACUGUUUUAUUAUUAUUAUUAUUAUUUUUUUUUUCUCCAUGUUUUCCGAUAAGAUUUUUUUUUCUUAUACCUAUGUAUUUAAAGCACAUUCAAUUUUCCGAUCGAUACCGAUUUCUGAUAUAAAAAUAAUUAUUUGAUAUGCUUACGUAUUUACGCAAAUUCUAUCGAUAGUAAGUCACAA